GUUGGCUCGCCGCGCUCCAUGACAACCGCGGGGCCAUGCUGCGGACCAUGCAUGGCGCAUGCACUGCUGCAGCGUUCAUCAGUGGCGGGACGCACAAAACCAGACUCGAGUCAAGACUUGACAAGAGCACUGAGCAGACCGAGAACGGAGAAGUCAGAUCGCCGCGCUGUGCUGUGCCUGUGGCCAUGGUGGCGCUGACUGCGAAGAUGAAAAUGAAUCGGAGCAAAAAUUCAUCAACCGGUGAAGACUGAGGAGAAUACGACGUGCCUCGGCCUUCUGCACACCGCGAAGAAAAUAAUUGAAUGAAAUAUUGCAAAGCGAACUACACGCAGUCUGACGUUAGAGAGUAGAUUUACAGAUCAGAGAGCAGUACCAGUGAAGCAGUGUGGCACUAUUCGACGGUCGUGUCAGGAAAUUUUGCGUUUUACUUUGGAACGUGAGACGCGUUUGUACCAUUGCCUGCGGAGCUUGAUCCGAGCAUCGCAAUUUUUCCAGUUGAUACUCAUUUUGUUCGUUGUCUCCUUCACUCCAGUUAGUUUUGGCUGCAUAACGUUUUGUUGGGAGGAUGAGCGGCGCAGGUUUAGGUCGUGGUAGCGAGCUGGGUGUUUCGGGCAGUAAUGUCUCACUUGGCAAUCGUUCGGGCCACGCUGGUCGACCAUCCUCGACCUCUACUCGAGUGCCUCCCAGAGUGGGUGCGGAACGAGUGGGCGCACAUGGUUCUCGCCCUGCCGCAAGCAGCGGUCAACGAAGUCAGAGCACUAGAAGUAGUGGAGCACGAGACACGAAGCUAAUGAGUGGGACGGCGUCGUCGUCUUCAAGACAAGUGACCACGAAAAAGCGAGGCAGUGUCACACCACAAGUGCAAGGACACCAGCAUCCAGCACAGUCGACAUCUUCAACUGUCAUUGCUCGUCGAGCUUCUACGGCCAAGCACAAACUUCCGCCAGCCUGGGCGGCUAUGCCAAAUAAACGUGACGACAAGGCCCACUCGAGACCACUGUCGUUGGACGGCAACAGGCGACUGGCUUCAUCUUCUACUGCUGCACAUGAGAGCACACACAGUGUGCCCGACAAGCACACCAAUGGGCAAGCAGCCGUGCCUACAAGAUACACUACACCACCUAAUAUGCUCAGCCUUGUACAGACUUUCACGGAGCCUGCCACGGAUGAAGGUGAACGUGCAAACACUGCCAGUGCAGAGCGGCAUGAGAACCAAACAACAAGACACCCACCCCUCGACGAAGACCUGCAUCACCUGUCCGCCGAUGCAUCGGCACUGGCAGCAAGCCUGCAGAGCUUGAACAGGAAGGCCGGGGAACGUUACUCUCCAGUCCCGAGUCCCGUCAAGUCUUCCAGCGUUCACGCACAGCAGAUACAAUUCCGUCAGCAUUUAGACGUAGCCGCGACGCGCAUCCAACGCUGGUAUCGAAACAGCAGGAACGCAUCGAGCGGACUUGCCGCGGAGCAUGCACAGUCGUCGGUGGUGCAUGCACAGCAACCCGAUGCCGUAGCAUUGCCACAACCGGGCGGUGUAUUCCCGCCAACAAGGCAGAACCAGCGACGGCAACAACCGCGUAUCAAUACUGCAGCACUAGCAGAUAGCAGCAGUGACCAUGACAGCAGGACAGGAUAUGAUGAAGAACAGGAGCAAGACCUGGUGCAGGAGGAUCAGCUAGCGAAUAGCCUUCACUUGCAAACUGCCUUGGCAAACAAGAAAGAGCAACUACUGCAGCAACACCUGGAAGAGGAGAUGAGACAAAAACAAGAAAAGGAAGCACGCUCCGCUCAACGUGCAGGCCGACACAAAGCUGCGAUUGCUGCAAUGAAGCAGAAACGCCUAGAGGAGCAUGAAGCACAGCAGAGGCAGAACGAUGUUAUUAUCCAAGAAGAAAUGGAACGUGUGCAGCGCAAGAAAGAAGCCAAAAUGAAAGCCAAGGCGAAGGCGCAGGAGCUGCAACGUAGCCGUGAUAGAGAACUCACGCAGCGGGCUGAGCAAGAUGAUCAGCUGGAUACACCUGAUGUCCAGUCAGAUAGGCAAGGCAUCCUCCAGUCAUCUCCUGCGAAGCAUUCUGGACAGCGUGGUAGACCUAACAGCCAAAGAUCAGGGGUCAGUAAGGCCCAAGCUGAUCUGCUGGCAAUGCUGGAGGUUCUAGAGUCUGAUGAACCCGACGACGCUACCACUGCUGCUGCCACUGCUACUGCACACUACCCGCCAAUGUACAGCAGAGGCAACAGCAGGCAGCGCAGCCGAGCCGAAGACCAUCGUCAUGGCAACUCGAGCCAUCGCGGCGACGAAAGAUCCACGUCUAGAUCCGGCAGUCGUUCACGAUCUCGUCAGGACAACCACCUUGACUCCAUCCUGACAUAUUUGGAAGAGGUUGAACACCAAUCCCAAGACACAGACACACCAGCAGAGGACCUUCCACACUCGACGUUGGCAUCCUCGGCUGCUGUAGGAAAGACCAGUGCUGUUGGUGACCUAGCAGAUGCCGAGGCUCUGGCCACGGCUAACAUAUCCACGUUUCUACACCAGCAACGACAGCUCCUCGAUGAGAUUGAACACGGGAAGUCCAGAGAAGACACUCUAAAGCAGUUACACGAUGAACUGGAGAAGCAGAAGGAGCUCACUAUUCAUAUAGUGCGUUCUCAGGAAGAUGAAAUGAAGGAUAUUCAACGCAAGAUCCAGAAGCAGUCCGGCGAAUUUGAAUCCAGGAUCAAGAAACUUCUAACUAAGAAUGACCAGUUGGUGCAAGACAACACAACGCUGCAGGAUCAAUGUCGGCGUCUCCUCUCCGAGCUGAAGGAGAAAGAGAAGAAGCAUGAUCAGCGUUUACAGGCGGCGGCUGAAGGGCACGAGAAGGAACUGAAACGUCAGAAAGACGUGAUCAUGGCCGCGGAGAAUAUGAAACGCGAGCGUUGGAAGACGGAGAACGCCAGGAAGAUCAAGGAGGUGACAGUGAAAGGUUUGGAGCCGGAAAUUCAGAGGUUGAUAUCCCGACACAAGGCAGAGCUGAGAGAUCAGGCUGCAAACUAUGAGGCCAAGAUACGUGCAGCAGACGAAAGGGCGGGUAGACGCUACAUCAGAGAACUAGAAGAGUUAAAGGUCAGACUGAACGCGGAGAAGGAAGCAGCUUGCGCCAAAGAGCGGGAAACAGAGAGACAGAGGUUUGAGCGGCAACUAGCCGAUGAGGAGCAGGCCAUGCAGCAGAGAACACGCCGUCUCUACACGGAGCUACAGGACGAAAAGGACAAGUUUGCAAAGGACCAGCAUGAACUUGCUCUGCAGUUUCAUGAAAAGGAGAAGCUAUUGCAGAGAUCACGUGAUCAGCUGGUACGUCAAGCUGAGGUAGAAAACCAGACCAGACUGGAUGAACAAGCACGACGUCAUCAGUCUGAGCUACGCGAGCAGUCUGAACGGCUCGUGAUAGAGAGAGAAGCUUGGAAGGAGAACUUCAUGCGAAAACAGGGUGCAGAAUUAUCGGCAAAGGAACAGAUUCUCCGCCAGGAGCUGAAAGUGGAACGUGAUAAGGAAAUCGAGAUGGUCGUGAACCGUCUGGAGAAUGACAUGAAUGAAACACAAGAAGAACACCAGAGGCAGCUUGAAGCGCGAAUGAACCGUCUGCGUGAUCAGCAUGCUACGGAGAUGCGCGAGAUGGAGAGAUCAGAACGCGAUGCUGUAGAGCGCUAUUCAGAGAUGAAAUCUCAGCUCUCGGACAGUAAGGCUGAAGUAGCCAGACAGCAUGUUGCCAUGACUCAAAAAGAUGUGGAACUGACGGAGACCAACAAGAUGCUAGAGAGGUUGAACAAGGAACGGGAUAACGUCACGGAUAUUGUCCGCCAGGAUUUUGCCAAUCGCCUGGUGUCCACGGAGGAAGAAAACAAACGAAUCAAGACCGAGCUAGCAGAGCUCACAGCACGGCACACCUACCAACUGAAGAGAGUGGAGGAGGAAAAGCAAGCACAGCUGCUGACUGUUCAGGACGAGAACAAAGAAGCCCUUGUCAAGCUAGAGGAAGACAAACAGAAGGAGAUGCAAGCUCUGCAUAACAGGAUCAAGCAGGCUAUUGCCAAGAAAGAUGAAACUAUCUCGAAGCUCAAAGCGGAGGUUCUGGCUGCCAACAAGAAAGCUGAUCACCUCAACUCCUUGCUUCAACAGCAGAGAAAAAUCAUGACCAAGAAGUAGUGGACGUGGGGCCAUACUUCCUGUCUUGACUCCACUCCCUACGUGUAUAUUUGUCUCAUUCUCCCUGUAGCAUGGGUGAUUCACUCCCUACGUGUAUCUUUGUCUCAUUCUCCCUGUAGCAUGGAUUCACUCACUACGUGUAUAUUUGUCUCAUUCUCCCUGUAGCAUGGAUGAUUCACUCCCUACGUGUAUAUUUGUCUCAUUCUUCCUCGCUCCUUUCCACUCAGUAGACGUUUCUUUGAGAGCAGUUGAGGCAGUUGAGACCAUAGCAGGCAUUCAGGGCUUUUUCUUCAGAUUCUUGGCAUUUUGUUAAUUUUUUUGUAUUGAGAUUUUGUGUCAUAAUAAUUAUUAUGGAAGCACAUUUGUUUUGCCCAUACAAGAGGCUUUUGAUAUAGCAGGCAUUAUCAUGGUGGUGAAACUCACAUCUCAUGUUAGAUCCCCAAUCCGGCAUGCUGAGCUGUAGACCUCUAGUUGAUGAUCUUUCUGUGCACACCGGCGCAACAGCCCUUGUGACCAGUUUCUUACUAUUGUACAUGCAUUUGGGGACACCUGCAAGAAUGGAAUGUAUCCAUUGUGCUCUCAUUCUAAUUUCAUGAUUUCGGCGACUGCUUGUAGCUAGCGAUACUGAUUUUUAGGUUGAAACCGUUUUGGUCGUGUGACUGUAUAUUUUCUUAUGUGAAUAUGGAUAUUGUGUUGUAUAGUACUCGAGUCGAGGCUGCUACAACAACCGAAGAUCUAAUAUUUAUGCAACUGAACCAGGGAGUCGUAAAAUACCGGUAUUUUGCGACUCCCUGAACUGAA